AUGAGCGAGACGGCGUCGUUCCCGCCUCACCGUGAGGAGCGACUGGAUUCUCUCUUUGACACGGCAAUGGAGGCUGUCGCGGAGCUGGAGCGAUGCCGUGCACGCCUUCACGGCUCCCUGCAGGCGGCACACUUUCUCUACAGUGAUGUGCAGCGGGAGAUGGACCGUGCGGGCCUCAUCCUCGGCUUGGAGGCCGUCCCGACGAAGGCGGGGGCGCUGCGCCCACAGCUGGGUCUCGUCUGUCUUGCCACCGCAGCGGAGGAGACAGCUACGAAAAAGGAGGAGGAGCAGAGCCAAGAGUAUUACGAGUUCGCUGUGGUGAGCAUGGCAGAUGGCGGCGAAAACGAUUCGGCGCAUUGGUUUGCGUCCGCUCCCUCGGUGGGGCUGCGUGAGUGCCAGCAACGCUUCCGUGAGGUGGUGAACGCCUGUGUGCAGGUCGUGCAGGCGCAGAAACGAGCGAUGGAGGCAGCUGAGGCCUACCGCGCGGUGGUGGCGCAGACUGCGUGA